GCUAUGUAAGCAUUUCGCGUAAUGUGCUGACGCAACCGCGAACCCAAGUACUCGGCCUUGUUCGGCAGAACUUGCUUCUUGCGAUAGGUUCGGGCACGUCUGAAUCUCGAACAACAUCACCGAAGCGGUAUAUAAAAGAACGCGUUGAAUCAUGCCGGCCGCACAUACCAUCAUUUUACAAUUCCUUAAUCUUCUUUCCUUACUACCACCACCCACUUAUCAUUAGAAAAUGGCCGGAAAGGCAGAACAGAACGUUGUCAUUGUUGGCGGUGGAUACGCUGGGUUCCAAGUUGCUAAACAGCUCAGCAAAAAAUUGGACCCGAGAAGAUACAACCUCAUUCUCAUUAACUCCCGCUCUUACGCUGUUGCCCUUCCUGCAGCCGUCCGUCUUGUCGUCGACACAGAGUCUAAGUUGGAAGAAACCGCAUUCGUCAAGCUUGACAGGAUUUACGCGAAUGGCAAUGGCGAGACAAAAGUCGGUUUUGUGACCGGCAUUGAGGCACAGCCUGGCGUCCCUGGGGGUGCCGUUGUCCUUGCCAACGGGGAGCGCAUUUCAUAUGCAGUGCUUAUUUUGGCUACUGGCUCAAAAUUCAGUGGUCCCUGUGCCAUCCCAGAGAACGAGGAUGAUGUCCUGCCAUUUGUUAACGCAUGGCGCCAAAAGUUCGCCAAAGCAAACCACGUUGUGAUCGUUGGCGGAGGUGCCGUUGGUAUCGAGUUGGCUGGUGAAGUCAAGGAUCUUUACCCGACAAAGAAAGUUACCAUUGUCCACGGUGGUAAUCAGCUUAUCAAUGCUACGUAUGGCAACUCCCUCCGAAAGGGACUGGAGAAACGCCUUCAUGCUCGUGGUGUUGAAUUCAUGUUCAAUGAAUACAUCGAUGACAUUCCAGAGCCGGGUGUCGUUGGUAUCACUACUCGCAGUGGAAAGCAAAUUUCAGACGCCGACUUAGUGGUAUCUGCUCGUGGGGGCCGCCCCAACACUGAGUACGUGACUUCCCUUGGUGAAGAUGCUGUGAACGGCCAUGGCUUCGUUAAGAUCAAGCCAACCAUGCAACUGCUCAAUCACCCAUCCAUCUUCGCUGUGGGGGAUAUCAUCGACUGGACUGAGCAGAAGCAGAUAGCCAAGCUCAUGUGGCAUGUUCCCGUUAUCGUGGCGAACGUAGUGAGCUUCUUGAACGGAGUCGCGCCGACAAAGAAAUACGCGGGUGCACCUGAGAUUAUUGUGAUCACGAAUGGAAAGAAAGGCGGCAUGGGCUACUUCGGGUUCUUGGGAGGGUUUACCUUGGGUGAUUGGUUUGCCUGGCUGGUCAAGUCGAGACAUUUUAUGAUCCCACACUUCAGGAAGGAUCUCGGUUACUGAUAGUGUUAAGAAGUAUUCGUUGGACCUUGGAUAGCUGCAUACCUUCUACCUAGCUUUUAUGGGUGUAUCGUACCUCUUAUGUUUUCUAUAAUUGCAUUCUAGUCAUUAUGAGUCCA